AAGAGUUUUUUUAAUGAUUGAGUAAAUUUUUUUGUUAUUCUCUCACCUUUUGGAGUUCUCCUUUAUAAAUUGUCCUCUUUAUUACCCUGUGAUCUUUGUCUUCUUCUCGGUCUAUUCUCGAAUAUUAAUAAGUUUUAUCUAAUAUUAAUUCUAUUCAUACAUAUAUCUUUUUAUAAAAACAAAAAAGAAAGAAAGAAAGUUUUCUUCAACCUCUGUGUUGUGCAGUAUAUAUAAUUACUCUAGCACUCACUUAUUACCAAAGGCAGCCCCAAAAAAUAUGGAAGUAAUGAAUAGAUAUGUUACAGCAAAGAAUUACAUAGAAGGGAGUCCAAAAGAGUCGGAUUUUGAGAUUAAGUGCUCAAAAAUUGUUCUGUCAGCAGAGCCUGGCUCAAACGAUGUCGUUCUGAAGAAUCUAUACGUGUCCAUUGAUCCGUACCAGAUAAACCGCUUGAAGAGUUACAGCUCCUCUCAAAAGACCUCAUCUUAUGUGGUAGUAACCAUAGCUCCCGGCGAGAUUAUUAGUGCUUAUGGGGUGGCCAAAGUGGUAGCUUCUGAGAAUCCUUUGUAUAAGGAGGAUGACUUGGUUGUGGGAACGACUAGAUGGGCAGACUAUAGUGUGUUAAAAGCAUCUGAAUAUGUGUUGAGGAAACUAAACUCUUUCGAUAUGGGGUUUCCAUUAUCACAUCAAAUUGGAGUAUUUGGGUUUAGUGGAUUGACAGCUUAUGCUGGGCUAUUUGAAGUGGGGAAACCUAAGAAGGGUGAGAGAGUGUUUGUAUCUGCAGCUUCAGGAUCAGUAGGCCACUUGGUUGGCCAAUAUGCCAAACUCUCUGGUUGCUAUGUUGUUGGUUGUGCUGGAAGUAAAGAAAAAGUAGGAUUGUUGAAGGAGAAGCUUGGGUUUGAUGAUGCAUUCAACUAUAAAGACGAGCCUAACUUAGAAUCAACUCUCAAAAAGUACUUCCCAGAUGGAAUAGAUAUCUAUUUUGACAAUGUUGGAGGCAAAAUGCUAGAAGCAGCAUUGGCUAACAUGAACAACUUCGGUCGAGUUGUGAGUUGCGGGACGAUAUCUGAGUACACUGACCCUAACAAUAAAGUACCACCAAAUAUCAAUAUGCAUGAUAUGAUAUAUAAGAGAAUCAUGAUUCAAGGAUUUUUGGCAACUGAUUUUUUGACUAUCUUUCCGGACUUUCUCUCAGCUACCAUGAAUCUCAUUCGCUUAGGGAGAAUUAAGACUCUUGAAGACAUCUCUACUGGUUUGGAAAGCAUUCCUCAAGCUUUUGUUGGACUCUUUCAUGGUGCCAAAGCCAAUGCUGGAAAAAAGAUUGUGACAUUGGUAGAGAAUUGAACUAUUUUUAGACUCAAAUAUGACAACUCUAUUUAUGGGUAGCUAAUGAAUAAAUAGAAAUUACAAUAGAAUAUAGAAAAUAAUGUUAGGACUACUUGCUUUUCAAUAAUAUGUCACAAAAUUAAAAUUUGCAAACAUAUUAAAAUUUAACGACACGUUUUAUUGCCAUAUGGCCAUGACCUAAUAAUAUGUCUUGUGAUAUUAUAUGUAAUUUUUCAAUUUAAAUGAU